UGAAAGCAGUAUAAAAUAUUAAGAAUUUUAAUUCUAGAUGUUAUGUAAAAUGUUAAUUAUGGAAUAUAAUUUUUUUUAACAUGAAUAUGAAAGUUAUUUUUCAUACAAUUCUUAUCACUUGUGUUCCGUGGACUAUUCAAUUGAGUAAUGAAAAUUUGCCACUAAAGAAAAUCAAUGACUCAUUUCGCAUUGUAGGUGGAACAAACGCUCUAAUUAAAGAUUUUCCACAUCAAGUGUCUAUUCAAUUGAAUGGAUCUCAUAUUUGUGGUGGUAGUAUAAUUUCAAAAAAAUGGAUCCUCACUGCUGCUCAUUGCAUAAAUAAUAUUCAAAUUAAAUCAAUUCAAAUACGAAGUGGUUCAACAUUUACAACACAUGGUGGAACACUUCAUCAAAUUUCUCAAAUAAUCUCUCAUGAAUUUUACAAUAAAUGGAAAAUAACAAAUGACAUUGCAUUAAUACGUGUAAAAUCAAAUUUCAAAUGGUGUAGUAGACGUAGAAAAAUUCAACUUGCAAGAAAAGAAAUUAAAUCCGGUAUUAUGGCGUCUAUUAUUGGAUGGGGAGUCAAAAAAGAAGGUGGUUCAAUUUCACUUGAUUUGCAAAAAGUUAAAAUUCCAAUAGUAUCAUUUUUUGAAUGUCGAAUUUAUUUACGAUACAUUGAACGUGGUCAUAUUUGUGCUGGUUACAAAUCAGGUUGUCACGAUGCUUGUCAAGGUGAUUCGGGUGGUCCACUUGUGGUGAAAAAUUCACUUGUUGGAAUUGUUUCUUCGGGAGAAGGCUGUGCUCGACCCAAUAAACCAGGUGUAUACACAGAAGUCGCAUAUUAUCGUGAUUGGAUUAAAAAUAAAAGUGGUUGUUAAUUUUUUAUAUACUGAUGAAUCUUUCUAAGAGGUGGAAAUUCUUUUGUUGGGAAUUAAAAUUGAGCGAAUUUACCCCAUAUUGAGGGGUAAAGUUGCUUACAGCAUUAAUCUUCAAAAUUAAAAAAUUCAAAAUGGGAGACAUAAUUUUUAAACUUUUGACGAAUUUUAUUUAAAAUUGCGGA